GCUGUUAUCUUACUUCACUCUCUUGACCAUUUCCCAUUCCUUCUUCCUCUCUUGGAUUCUUCAGCCAUAAAAGCCAACUAAAGCUACUUCCAUCUCUCUCUCUCUCUCUCUCUCUCUCUCUCUCUCUCUCUCUGUUGGAUAUUACCUUCAACAAAAAACCAUGGCUUCCCUACUUUUCAAGGAUAAGAAAGGAGUAAAUCUCUCCUGUGCUUCGCCAGCAUCUGCCGCAGUAUGCACAAGCCUUGAGCGCCGGUCGAUGGUUCGUCCGAGUAUCGGCCGAGCUGUUGACAUCUACAGCAGAAAUCCAAGAAGACCAAGAGCUUCAAAACACCAAAACGCCGUAAAGAACAAGUCAGAUAGUCAUAAUAAUCAUGGCAGAAAGAGCAAUGAAAAGCAAAAAAGUGCUGAGUUCGCUAGCCCUGCUGGCUCUUCUCGCUAUCUUUUAAAUGAUAACUCCUCCUUUCAUAUAGUACCAGAGAGCGAUAACUCCAAGGCUAUAGUUCUUGCAGCUGAGAAGAAAAAUACUGAGUCGGAAAUCAGUAACCAGGAAGAAAUAGAAGUUCUCAAAACUUGUUCUUCUGCAAGACAAGACCAGGUUGUGGUCUUGAGGGUUUCUCUUCAUUGCAAAGGAUGUGAAGGAAAAGUCAUGGAUCCCCCAACAGCUAGUCGGAGAAGCCCUUACAAAAUCACUUCCUUCUUCCUUGGUGCGACGGAGGAGCUGGGUCCUUUGAUACCAAAGAGAUCUUUUUCCUUUCAAAACAUCCUUUAA